AUGGGGCAGAGCGUGAGCGCAGAUGCGCAAGCCCUGCAGCUGAAUGAGCUGCUCAGCUCGGACGACCCAAACCCUCAGACGGCCAAGCCGAGCACCGCCGCGCUGGCAGGCCCCGUCCAGGAAUUGCGGCGCAUCACGUCAGAGCUUGGAAGUUCGAGGGGGCGGAAGCGGGUCAGUCGCAUGGGCGCCGCGCGGUCCGUCGAGGCCGAGACCAUUCCCGACGAGGAGCCUGGCGCGCCCGAGCCCGAUGCCGGCAGGCCGUACUUCUUCGUGGCCGCGUGCCCAGUCGGGCAGGCAGAGGAGGCGAUCGCGACCGCUGGCAGAUACGGCGGCUUCCACUGCCUCGACGAGCAGGGCGGGGGCUCGGACUCGGACACGGCGCAGGCCCUGGCCAAGUGGAAGGGCCAGGCGCAGGGCCAGUUCAGCAUUCUGCAGAAGCUCUCGCCAGAGGGGCGCAAGGUGGUGGUGGUGGUCGUCGGCGGAGCCGGGGAGCAGGCGGAGCAGGCGCGGUUCCUGGACAGGCUGUCUAGGAGAAGAGGCUACGAGCAGCUCGACGUGAAGCGGUGUCGGGACGUCCAGGACCUGGAGCGCUGGCUAAAGGCCAGCGGCUACAGGCGCGUCCAGGUGCUGGGGUUGGCCUGCAGGCCCCUGUUCAGCACUCUCUUCACAGGGGGCGAGCCCUCGCCACCCCGCUCCACCGCUCUCCCCGCGGUCGCCGAGGAGUCGCCGCAGGCGGGCGAGGCGGAAGCGUCUCACGAUCGGACGAAGCCGUGGAACCCCGUCGCCUCCCUGAUGGAGACCGACCUGUCCAUGUUGGGCGGGCCCUUCGCGGCGAGAAGGGAGAGAGCCCUCUCUGACUGCGAGAUGGCCGUGGAAGUGUCCAGGGACGUCCGCUCGGACGACCCCCAGGCGCUGCGGGCGGCGAAGGUGAAGCUCGGCGCCGCCAUCUCCGACGCGGUCGCCGCGGGCGUGAAGGAGCGCGAUCUGCAGCGCGCCCGCGAGAGGGAGGAGGAACUCCAGCCGGCUGGCCGACGCGAGGGGCGGCCUGAGCUUCCUCUGCUGCCGAGGGGCUGCGCGAGGGGCGGGGGAGCAGGCGGCCGAGGCCGCCGCGCUGCCCGAGCCCAUCCCGAGGCUCCGGCCGGGCACGAGGUGCCGCUACGACUCCGCGACGAAGAAGGCGCUGCUCAGCGCCGUGCCGAGAGGAGUUCAACGAGAGCGACUGCACCUACGACCUCGACGUGCGGCCGCACGCGCAGCCGGAGCUCAUCUCGCCGGACCCCCGCGCGGCGGCGGCCGAGGCGUGGCCCGCCGGCACCCUCGUGGACUACACGGGCGGCGGCGGCGGGCGCGCGGUGCCCGCCGUCAUCGUGUCCUUCGCCGAGGGGCGCCUCGGCGCCGAGGGGACCUACGACCUGGACGUGUGCCAGCGGGUGCCCGUGGCCGACAUCCGGCCUCGCCGCUGACCCCGCCAGAGGGGCACUGGCGGAAGACAAGCCCACCACCACCGCCGAAUUUUUUUGUUGUGCCGCCGCGCUGCGCGCCAGCGCCGACAGUAGGCCCGUCUUCCGUCUCCCCGACAACGGCAGCCGCGCUCGCACGAGCGCCCGGGUGAUGGCUGAGGGGCCGUCCGCGCACAGCAGGUCGGCUCACGCGCGUCUCCGCCGGCCAGAGCCUCUGCCUGGUUUCACACCUCUGGUCCGCUCUCCUCUCUCUCUUCUCGGAGUCCUCCUCCUCCCAGCUCUGGUCUUGGAUGUAGGCUCACUGGUAGGGCUUGUGCAGUCGAGCUUCGCAGAACGGAGGAGUUCCUGUCUGUCCUCCUCGCUGCGGCACUGCUGCCGUGUCGCUGCUGACUCGAAAAAGAACGGGUGA